UUUCAAUACUAGGAGGCGGUAGUAAAUAUUCAAUACUUAUCAUCUUGCCUACAACAUUUUAUCAAAUAUUUAUUAAUAUUGAUAUUUUAUUAUAUCAGCUUCACUAAAGACAAAAUGGCUACUGGUGGAUAUUUUAUUGACGAACAAAGUCUUAAAUGUUCCUUGUGCUCGGAUUCUUGGGUAGAUAAAGACCAUAGAGUACUUCCUUGUCAACAUACAUUCUGCCUGCAGUGUUUGCUGAAACUAAACUAUAAUAUAAAAUUAAUUUCUAGAAUAGGAUUAACAUGUCCUAAUUGCAAAGUAUUUCAUGCAGUAUCCAAGGAGAGUGUAGUAAAAUUACCUAAAAAUUAUCUCUCCAAAUCUCUUAAUAGAUUACCUUUGGAUGGAAAAUUUUGUGAAAAACAUAAACAACUUUCUACAUUGUUUUGUGCAAGUCACAAUAUUGAAAAUCUAUGCAAUAUAUGCUUUGACGAAGAUCAUUCGCAAUGUCAAAUUUCAACUAUGAAAAAACAAUUGAAAAACAAGGAAUUGAUAAUUUCUUAUUUAAAAAUUGAAGAGAAUAAUCAAAAAGAACUUUUAAGUGAAAUUGAAGGAACUGAAAAAGGUUAUUUGUUGAAAAUUCAAAAUGAUUUCCAAAUGAUUAGACAAGUUUCUGAAAAUUUAAGCAAGCAGAGAAAGGAUUCUUUAAUGAAUCUUUUAAAAGAUAACACCAAACAGCAGAAUUUAUUGGAAUAUUUAGAAAAUUUUUCGAAAAACAAACUACAGCUAACCAUACUUCAAAAUCCCAAAGUUGACUAUCAACUACAAGAAAUAGAUUAUGCAAACCAUACUAACAAUGAACAAUCGUUGACUUUGAAACCUUUCACAAAUAACACUAAAGAUACAGGUGAUCCAAGCUAUAUUAUUACAUUUCUACGAAAGAGAACAAAUAUGGAGAAAAUUGAUUUAUCAUAUAAUAUUUUGAAGAAAGGUGAUUGGUCAAUUGUUUGUCAACAACUUGAACAAUCAUCAUACCCGCUGAAAGAAGUUAAUUUUUCAAAUUGUGAUUUAACGGAGAAACUCUGUAAACCUAUUGAAAAAUUAUUACACAAAUGUUGCCAUAUUGAAUUAUUUGACAUAUCUAAUAAUAAUAGACUAGGUAAUGGAAUUCAAAGAAUCUGCAAUGGACUGGAAAAAGCAUCAGAUACGCUAAGGGAUUUGAAUUUUUCUAACUGUGGUUUGAAAUGGAAAAAUUGGGAAUUUUUUGAAAUUCAAACCAUAAAAUUCGGUAAUCUUGAAGUAAUAAAUUUAAAGAAAAAUAAAAAUAUUGCAAACGGAUUAUUUAGUUUUUUGAAUGGUUUUUCCAGCUCAGCGACAACUUUGAAGGAAAUUAAUCUAUCCAAUUGUAAUAUAGCUAAAACUGCCUGCCCCUCUUUGGAGACUUUUUUGGGGUCAUGUUCUAAUCUUGAAAUAAUUGACCUUUCAUAUAAUACUGGGAUGGGAAAAGGUUUGUCAGCUGUAAUUAAAUCUUUGGAAAAAUCAUCUAAAACUUUAAAGAAAAUUUUAAUUUCGAAUUGUAAUUUAACUGAAAAAAAUUGGAAAAAAAUUAAAACUAUUUUGAUGAAAUUUGACAAACUAGAAACAAUUGAUUUGUCAUUUAAUGAUAAAAUUGAAAAUGAUUUGCACAUUUGCAGCGGACUUUCGAAUUCCGUAUCGGUUAUAUACGAAAUGUUCGAUGUUUUGUGAGAUGUUAAUAUCUCUUUAGUUUUAGAAUAAAUAUCAUAUCAGUUGAUCAUGUGAUUAAUUUUUGAAUGCGGUGAGAUGUUUUGUUGAUGAAAUCUUCUUACUUAUGAUUAACAGCAACGCCCUCUACAUACCAUACUAGUAGAGAAAAUUCCUUAAUACAAAUUUCACUAGAUAAUCAUUAA